GCUGGAAGCUUGGAAAUGCAAAAAACACCUGUAGACUCUAUUCAUUCAUACUGUUAAAAAAAACCCUAAUCCCUCUUUUCCCACAUCCCUCCAAUUAGAGCGGCAGAGUACUGUUCUUCCUUCCUCUAAUUCUCAAAUGCUCUACGUUUAUGUUACUAAACAAUCACAGAUCAUUCAAACUUCUGAGAAUCAUUAAUAAGUUUUCCGAAGUGUUUGCUUUUCUCUGAAGGCGAAGUUCUCAUUUUGUCAAGGUACAAGUUGACUAUGAGGAUGGAUCACUUAGAAACUGGAGAGGGAUCUUGUCAAGAUGUUGUUAGCAGUAGCAUAGAUAGCAAUGUGGACAUCACUUGCUUUAGUGAUUUAGUUGAUGAAACCACUGUUGAUUUCCAGAUAAUUCACCUUAACAAACAGAUUUAUGUGUGGAUUGGUUGCUACUCUACUAAACUCGGACCUCUUUGUGCUGCUGCCCCAACACGACCUAACAAUUCAGUGAGUGUGACUUCAAUUCUUGGGAGCACCUCUGAUAAUACUGGUUUUGGCAUUGCCCGUCGAUUAGUUCUUCGGACUGGGUUGAAUAUAAUGCUCGCUUGCAAUCUCCCAAAGAACAACCCGAUGCUGGAGAUUGGUGCUGAGAAGAAGCUGAUGGAGAAGUUAACCAGUCUUGGAUACACAAAACCAAGGUCCAAAGAUCAACCUCAAUCAUAAAAAUGGGUUCUUUUCCAAAGACUGGAGGAAUUCGUUAUGUUUGACUCUUUGAUGAUGGGUACUGGUAGUGCGUUUCAAUUGUUGCUUAAAAUUCUUUAAGGAUGGUUACGGGUUAACGAGAGGCGAAAGCUAGUGAGGAAUAAGGAUGGUUACUCAACUAAUAUGCAAAUUUUCAUUGAUGCUGCUUUUUUCUUGAAUCAAUUGGUGCUCUAGUGAGGGUUUCAGCUGGCUUAUGGAUCUUCAAUUCAGAAAAAAGUGAAUCUAUUACUACCUACUGUAUUUAUAACACAAUAUAGUGGAAAUCAAGAGCAUUUAGUAUUCGUGUUGGAAUAUUUACUGGGUUUAUUUAAGAUGAAUACUGGAUUUUGACUGAAUUCCUUUCCUUAUUUUUCUUAUUUACAAAAAUAGGCUAAUUAUUUGGGUUCAA